CACCUACGGCCGAAAGCGGUAAGAGGACGAGGGCGGCGACGGGCAUCACGACGGCUGCGUCAGUCCAGAAGAGCAUCCCCCGGAUUGUCUUGCGGCCCCGUCCAUGUCGCUUCCAUUGCUCCUUGCUAUGCUCUUCUUCUUCUCCCUCCCUCAUACCUAGCUGGCUGUUCUUGUUUCGCGCCGUUUAGAUCUCCUCGGGCCCAUAUACCUACGCUUUGUCUAUGGUUCCCACCGGAUUCAUUGGUCGCUCAUUGACUUUCCAACGCCAUCGAAGCCAUCCAUCUCAUCGCUCCUCCCGGCCAGCUGGCGGUGCACCACCCUCCCGGCCCAUUUCCCCAUCCGCCCUCCUAUCGGUUUUCCUCGCAUAUUGACCUGUCCGUUCCCUCCCAGCUCGAUCCUCCCAUUCUCUGUGCGAUCUGCGCUUCCCUUCUAUUCUCCGACGCAAUCGAUCCAAGUGGCCUCCCCGCGGGAGGCGGCGACUGCUGUGGAUCAUGACUCGCGCCUCGAUACCUCCGCUCCUCCUCCAGCUCCAGAAUGCAGAGUCCCUGUCGGCCCAGGCGGCUGCCCUUCGGAGCCUCAAGAACGAGACCAUUGGCCAUGACCAACGUAAGGAAUCCUGGAUCCGGUGGGGUAUUAUCCCCGUCCUGGCCAACAUCUUGGCCGCCCGACAGCCGGCCGGGAAAGCGGCUGCUUCCACGGAGCUCAACGAGGGUGCAAAGCUUCGCCGUCCCGCGUCGGAGGAGGACGAAGCGUGUCUCCAGGCAGUUAUCAUUCUCGGGAGCUUAGCACAAGGCGGUGCGGCCUUUCUCUCACCUAUCUUCUCCAGCGGCAUACUCUCCACCCUCUUGGCAAUCAUCUCCUCGCCUGACUGUCCCUCCUUUUUUGUCCUCCCCAUCCUCCGGGCCCUUAAUAAUAUCGCCGACCGGCUGCCACUACAGAGCCAACCGCAGUCAUCGAAAGACACGCGCCUAGCCGACCUACUCUUCUCCAACGACCAUAUUGGCUUUUUAGCUCGCAUUCUGGGUCAGGAUUAUGGCCAUCACCAGGACCAAGCAGCCAUUGAGAUUGCGGCAUCUCUCGUCGGCAAGCUGUGUGUGGAGGAAAGUCAUAAGGCAGUCCUGGCUGAACGUGGAGUGUUGGAUGCCUUGGCCGUGAAGGUAGCAUCCUUCAUUGUAGCCCAAGGGUUUGUCUUCCCCGGUGCCGAGGCGCAUGUGCAGGACCCAGGCGCUUUGGGGUUGCUGCCGCCGCCUGCGCCGCCAGGGGCCAAACUGGCCCCGAUCCUACGAGCCGUCACGGUCAUUAUUGAACAUUCGAAGUGGCGCGCGGAGCAUUUCCUCUCCUCGCCCGGCAUUAUCACUGUGUUCCCUCGCCAGGUGCCAGAGUUCGCGCCCACGGAUAUCAAGAAAGGUCCGUGGGGUUCAACAUAUCUAUCGGGAUCGGCUGUGCCGCGCCAUGCAGGUGCAAGUCCCCUGGAACAUCUCUUGCCACCAGUACCUUUAUCUCAGAACAAGUCUCCGGCGAAUACCCCCAACUUCCCGCCCCUGGGCCACCAGGGCACGACCCACCGCCGACACAGCCAGUCGUUCUCGACGCCGAUGGCGGUUUACGACGCUCCAUCUUCCGACGACGAAGAGAACCCUGUUGUCCCGUGGCUCUUGUAUAUUAUCCGCGCCGAAAGCGGCAUGAUCCGAUUGAUGGCGGCGCGUCUUGUCACCGUUCUCUUCCGCCUGGGGCUGACCAAGAAGAAUCGGGCGUCGAUGCUAGGCUACCUCUUAAUACCCAUCUUGAUCCGGAUGCUAGACAAGGACUACGAAAUGACCGGUGACGACGGUGUGCAAUACGGCGGGCUGAUCCCUUCCACUGAGCGCCUUAGGGAAGAGGCCCCGUUCGUGCUUGCAACCUUGGUAAUCGACGACCUCGAGCUGCAGAGGCACGCAGUCGACGGGAGUGCCAUCAAAAGGCUCUCGCAGCUCCUCAAAGAAACCUACAAUCCAGUCCAAGAGGCUGCCCGUCCUAUGUGGCAUGCCGAGGGGGAAGAAAGUGUGGAUGAAGGAUCCGACUCGCUGCCUGUAGAGUGCCUAAUGGGCCCCCCAGGCUUCUCGCCCAUCCAUUGCCAUGUCAUGCGGUACCGAGAGAACAUUCUCAAGGCUCUCGCUGCUCUGGUUCCGCUCAAAGACGAGUACCGCAAAGCCGUCUGCGAGAAUGGGGUGGUGCCGUACAUCAUCGACUCGCUGAAACCGUGCUCGGAUGAUCAGCCGACGGACACGUCGACUCCUAAAAACACUGCCAUUCAUGGCAAUCCGACGCCCACCUUGCUGGCUGCUUGCGGUGCAGCGCGGAUGCUGACCCGCUCGGUCAGUGUGCUGAGGACAAGUCUGAUUGAUGCUGGUGUCGCGACACCCUUGUUCGUGUUGAUCAAACAUCCCGACAUCGAGGUGCAGAUUGCUGCCACGCAGGUAAUCUGCAACCUAGCGUUGGAUUUCAGUCCGAUGAAGGAGCAGGCGAUCAUUUCCGCGGACGUUCUCCCCGCACUGUGCGAGCAUGCGCAUUCCCCGAGCACCAAGCUCUGCAUCGAGUCGCUGUGGGCGCUGAAGCAUGUCGCAUACAACUCUACAAACGAUGUUAAAGUCAAGAUAAUAGAAGGCCUCGGCGCCGAGUGGAUCAAGCAAGUCAUCACCCAGGACCCAACCAAUGCUUUGGCCAAGCGAGGAAUAGACGAUGAGAUGGACAGCAACACCAGCGCGGGGAUGAGCCGGGCCAACUCGGCGGGGCAGCGGGUGGAUCUACUGAACCCGGUCGAGAACGCCUCCGGGCGCGACGAGGAUAUGAAGAUGGCGGACAGCAUGCCCCCAUCUAAGAUGAGCCUGGACAUGUUCCUCCCGGAUGCCACGCGGCGACGCAAGCUGGCGCUACAUGGCGACCUCGACCAGACGACCCAGGCGCGGCAGGAUGACAUUGCGGUGCAAGAACAGACAUUCGACCUGAUACGGAACAUCCUCUGCGGGCCAGGUGCAGCCGAGAUGAUUGACCAUCUGUUCGAGGCGAUCGGGAAGGAUCUCAUUCUAAACUCUUUAGCGGACAAGCUGCGGCCGCGCUCGAUCCAGCUUCCGCACCGGCGGGAGUCGCCGUCGCACCGGGCGCUGAACGUGCCGGCGGAGAUCCUGGUGUCGGUCACCUACGUGAUCAUCCAUAUCGCGGCGGGCCUUCCCUGGCACCGGCAAUUGCUGGUGGCGCACGAGAGCCUGCUGCGGCACCUGAUGGAAUACUUCAACCACAACCAUCGGGAUGUGCGGACCAACUGCGUGUGGGUGGUGAUCAACCUCACGUACCAGGACGACGCCAGUGACCGGGAGGGCUGUCGGGACCGGGCGUACCGACUGCGGGCGAUGGGGGUGUUGGAGCAACUGGCCAGUCUGGCGGAUGACCCCGAUCUAGACGUGCGGGAACGGACGAAAACGGCGCAGGAUAUGGUGACUUCUCUGACCCAUGCAUAG